GAAAAAAAUAUUUUUUCCCGCAAUUGGCUACAUUUGACGGGGAAAAAGCCAAAUCGUCAGAAUAGUGUGUGUGGGUUGUGUAUUGCAAAUUGGCAUAUUGUUGUUAAAUUGAAGACAACUCUAUUUACCGCAAGUUUGUAGUGAAAAGCUUAAUCUGUGAAUUAAAAUGGAGUCUGUCACGAGCUCCUCUGAUAGCGAAAGCGAUAUAAAUGUAGUGGUGAAUAAAGAAAAGGAUAAUACCGAUACAGGUGGGGUGAAAAGGAAGGUUGCUGAACCACCCACUGAGAGCGAAUCAGACUCGCCACCUGUACCACCUGUAAAAAAGACUCGUACCCAUAUCUGGGUCGAGAUGGAAACUAGUGAUAUAUCUGAGAAGGAAGAGUCGCGCUCGCCUAGCGUAGUGAGUGCAUACAGCAUCAGCAGUGAGGAUGAUGAAGAGGAGGAAAAUAAGGAUGAGGAGGAUGAUGAUGAUGACGAAGACGAUGAUGAUGAUAAUGAUGACGAUGAAAACCCAAUGCUAGUCCAAGAAUUUGAAGGAAUUCUAAGGCUUAACAAAAAAACAUACAAAGAUUAUGGAAAUCUAUGCCGAAUUGCGUUCGAGCUAAAUUCGUUUGAUAAAGUAACGAUGGCCGUACGAGCAUACGAGAAGUUUGCCACAGUGCCACCAAAGGUUUGGUUGCCAUAUCUAAAGAUGCUCAAAACUUUAUGCCAUACAGCUGAGGAGGGCAAAAACUUUGAAGCCAAAUGCGUGCAGGCACUGAGCAGCUAUUAUGAUGAGGACCUUGCUGAAUUUAUAAUCCAGUAUCUAUUAGAGCACCCUAUUAUGGAGAAGCGAACAUAUUGGGCCAACGUAUUGGCAGAUUAUUGCUUGCCACGCCAUGAUUUUGUCAACAAGUUACGUUCUAAGUUGUUACACUUAAAUCAGGCUGAUAAAAAGUCAAUGGAGGAUUUAAUGAAUAUCUACUGCUGCACUUGGAACUGCACCCAGACCGAGCUAGAGUCUAUUCAAGCUUUUCGUGAGGAUUUCAAUGAACAGUUAAUUAAACAUGAACUGCAGAGCCCUUGGGACCAGGAACGUUUUAUUCAAAAAGUACUUUCAAUGAAUUUGGAAGAACACACCCGUUAUGUGGCGGCCAAGCAUUUCUUUGAGCUGAUGCUUCAUAAGUAUGCUACCAAGAACUCACUUUGGCUAAAUUAUAUUAAGCACAUGCAGGCGCUAGCGGAUCGCGAAGAUGAAGAGCUUUGUAACAAAGUGUUCGUGGGUUAUUUGAGGAACAAGCCCAUCGAUAUUAUAAAACGUGGUUUGCGUGCACAGGUCUCUAUCGAAUUGAAUCACAAGUAUUUGUCGAUAAUGGAGCAAAAUAAAUAUCCGCUGGAUAAGGUUGACGCUGAGCUUGAUAGUCAUUUCCGCAGGCUUAUUGGCUUUAUGGACUUAUCAACAGAGUUAAAGCUAGACUAUCUAGCCUAUCGUGUACGCCAUGCUGACUUUACGAACAGUGCACAGGUCCAAUCAAUACGCGAUACUUUUCGUGCUGCGUGGAACUAUCUAUCACAUGCGUAUGGCGAUGCAGCAGAUAAGAACUUUGAGAUUUUGCAGCUCUGGGCACAAGUUGAAUAUUCCAUAGUGAAAGAUGUGAAUAUGGGCGAAAAACUUUGGGAUGAAAUACUCGGCUAUGCUGGUGCUGCCUCCAAGCAACAGCUUUGGCUGACUUACGCUCAAAUGGACACAAAUUUCAAUGGCGGUAUGAGGACACGCAAUAUUUUACGCGAUGCUCUCAGUGCAGCAACCGAACAGCAGUUGCUAUUGACCUUUUAUCGUCGCUUUGAGCGCUCAUAUGGAGACUAUGAAAGCAUUGCCCAUUGCCAGCAAAGCUGCGCUGCAAAACGUUCGUCAUUCAUGGAUCGUGGUCAUAGUGAACGUCCUACAUUCAGGCAACGUGACCCACGGACUCGUUCGCCACAAGGUGCUAGGCCACACCGCGAUACACCAUAUCCAUUGGCUACAGCACGCGCUCGUGAGCCCCCCAAAGACAACUCCAAGAAGGAGAAGCCUGCUGGAAAGCAGCAAACCGAGUCAAAAGACGCUUUCCUAAAAUAUUCAAAAAGCAAGGAACCAAAUAAGAUAUUUAUUUGUAACUUACACGAGAAUUGCACCAAGGAUGAGCUGUUAGAAGUAUUCGACAAAUUUGGCACCAUUAAGGAUGUGCGUCUUAUUAACAAGCAGCAUAAGAAAACUGCCAUUGCUUACAUAGAGUAUGAAUUACCUGAGCAUGCCGAUAAGGCUGUCAGCGAGGGCAAUGGCGUAUCUAUAGCUGAUCUGAAGAUACAGGUGGCCAUCUCAAAUCCACCAGUAAGACCCCAAAAAAAAGAGCCAAUUGCACACUCAAGCAAAACUGCUCUACCGCUUGGACAAAAGCGUCGCAUACAAACAUCCUUGAUACCAUCGCAGCUGCGCCGCGCGGCUGCCAAUGCCAAGUAUGAUGACGGUGCUGCUGCUCCUACUAAUGGAGGCGCUAGUACAUCUUCAGCAGCUGCAGCAACUGCUGCUGCAACUUCAGCAACUGCUGCUGAAACUGAUACGGUUAGUAUAGAUGUAGAUGAUAACCAAGCAGAAGCUAGUGCUCCUAAGAAGUCAAAUGACGAUUUUCUGCGGACAUUGCGCACGGCGCCCUUCCGGCGUAUAAGCGCCUUGCGAUAUUUGCCGCGGUGCUUAACACGCGGAUUGCGCAGUUCCUUCUUGCGAUGUGGCGUUAGGCCCUUGUUCUUAGCUAUCUGUGUCCGCAGUAAUAUAUCUAUAUCAUCGGAGCUGCAAGAUAUGAUCAUGCGCUUCGACGAUAUGCUGCCCAUAAAGAACAAGGAAUACAAUCAUGUAGAUGCUUGGCUAUCGACUCCCGAAGUUCUGAACUUAACUGCGCACUUGGAGCCUCAUCAAGGUUCAGCUACGCAACAUAAUCCCUUUGUCGAAACGCCAAAUUACGAGCCAAACGAUGAGCCGCAGCAGCAGCUGAGCAUUGAACGUCUAACAGACGAUUUUCUAAAUGUUUCAGAUUGCAAUGCUGCUGUGCCAAAAUAUGCGUUGUCAGAUAUGGUUUUUAUGAUUGACAAGCCAAAGGAUGCAGUACCUUUAGGCACAGAAUUUCCCAUUAAGAAGCUUCCAGAAACGUGCGGAGUAGACAAGAUCGUCAAGUUAUUUAUCGUCAAGGUUUAUAGUCCGUUUCAGUUUUGGUUUCACGAUGCAGACGAAAUGCCUUUGCUUAAUAACCUAACAAAUGAUAUGAUGAACUUCUUCUAUAGCAUCAAAAAAACCCGUUGGCAAUUGACCAAGUUUUUCCUUAAGCCCGGAUACAUCUGUGCAGCCAGCUAUGAGAGCUCUUGGCGUCGUGCACGCAUUUUGCGUGAGCUCGUUGACGAUGGACACUCGGCGGCGCUAGUUUAUUUUGUUGACUUUGGCAGUUGCGAGCAGUUGUCUCUUAAAGAUUUGUAUUUCUUGGAUAAAAGUCAUGCCGUGCUUGGCCCAAUAGCCUUGCGUGGCACGAUCACUGAUGUUUAUCCUUUGGGCUUUCAUUGGCCUGCAAAAGCAACGCGUGCAUUUAAGGAUUUGGUGCUGCAACGUGAGAUGCAUGGGAUAGUAAGGGAAAUAGAUAAGCAAGAACGCAUAGUGUUUCUUAAUCUGAUGUAUAAUAGCCAACUGAUGGAGCCCAACAUAUCAAAGCUGCUUAUCAAUGAUAGGAUGGCGGGACCCAGCUACAACUAUGAUCCUAAAGUUCGUGUUAAAAAUUAUGGGCGACGCGUACGAUACCUGCGCGAGCUUUUGCCGACCUUUGACAUGUUGGAAGCGCAGCUGUUUCCCACUCCCACAUCGGAAGCUUUUGAGAAGGAGUUUGAUGCGAUAAUUUUUUCGUCUAGAUUUUACUAUGACUAUCUGCCACCUAAGCUAGCGAAUCCUUUUCUUUAUGAACUUCAAAAUGCACUCACCGCUUGGCUGGAUAAAUAUAAAAAAAAUAAUCAGUCUUGGCGGCGACAAAUGCGCGCUAAGAAGGCUGAACAAGCUAAGAAGCAAAGAAGAAGUACAUAGUAUAACGAAAAAGUCUGUGCACAUG